AUGACAGAACAACUCAUAGAAUUGGUGAGAAAAUAUACGUUUCUUUAUGAUAUUAGUUCCAAAAAUUAUAUGAAUAUUGAUUUGAAAGACGAGACUUGGAAAAUCAUUGGAAAAGAAUUAAAUGAAAAUGGUAUGUGUAUGAAAUGUGUAUUAUUUACCCAUAUAAUUAUUAUCUAAAUUGUAUAAUUAUAAUAAUUAUUUUAUUAUCAAGCUAUUACAAUAGUUAACGAUGCAUAGUAAAUUUUAUAUUUAUAUUUUAUUGGCUGAAGUAAUUUACAAAUUUUUCUCGAACUUCGAUUGCAGCAGUUGAUGAUCUGCGGUUUGUUUGUCUUUCUGAAGUAAGCCCGUGAAUAAUGUCAUGUGGGUUUUCAAUGUCGUUGACAACAGUUGUACUUUGUUUCAUUUUGAGAAAAUUGUGUAAGCAACAUGUGGCUUUCACUACAUGUACUAUCGUUUGAACGUCACUCUCAAUGUCUUAAAAAAGUUCUCCAUUUUCGUGUUAGUAUACCAAACACAUUUUCUACUGCACGUCUUGCUCUACAUAGUCUUUUAUUAAAAUUUCGUUUUCUUUCAUCAUGUAAGAUUGCCGAUCUUGGAAAAGGGCGCAAGAGAUAAGUUUGCAAUUCAAAAUCCUCAUUGCCUAUUAAUACGUGUGGAACUAAUUCAGUCAUACCAGGUACUGCCUUAGGUGGUAACAAAGAUUUCCCUUUUAUGUAUUCAUUAUAAAAUAAUGAAUUUUCAAGUAUACUACUAUCACUGUGGCACCCGUAAUUGCCAAUAUCUACCGUGAUAAAUUUAUAAAAUGGAUCCACAAUUGCGAGGAGUAUAUUUCCAUAUUUCUUUGUAAACGAUCUCGGAGUUUUUCCAAAUUUCUUCCGUAGGUUUAGCCAAAUAUGUGUGUUGUAAGAUAUUCCAAAUUUCUGUACAGACUUCUUUCACUAUUAUGCCUACAGUUGUACGUCGGACACGAAAUGAAAAUCUUAUAGUUUGAUAGGAAUCACCUGAUGCUAAGAACCUAAAAAAACACAGUGAUACAAACAUUUAACAACUAAUUUUAUUUAUUACAGUAUUCCUUUAUAUAUAUUAUAUUUCAAAUGCCUAUAAAUAGCUAUUUUUUCAAUUUAUAAAGAAAAAUUUAAAAUUUAAAAACACACAUCAUCGUAUAAUCAAUACAUUCAUCACUCCUUUCAAAAUCUUAAAUAAUUUAAAAUUAUAUUGUUUUAUUAACAGAGGAAGUGCUAAAAAAAAAAAAAAUGGAAAAGCCUAAGAGACAACUAUUUACGAUACAAAAAAGAAAUAAAAGAUACAACAGGACAAGCCAAUAAAAAGUAUCAAAAAUGGUUGUGGGCAAGUCAGUUACAAUUUUUAGAUAAAAGUUUAGUUCCAAGACAAAGGACAUUCAAUAUUACAACUGACUUUCCAUUAGAGAUAAAGACACAAGAAUUAACAUUUCCUUCACGGAUAACUUCUCCACCUAUGGCAUCAGCAUCAAUUUUCGAUGUCGAACAAUUGGAUGAUCCACAAUUAUACACGCGUACUGAUCCUACAUUAUCAGCACCGAAGAAAAUUAAAACAAAAGAUUAA